GGAGCGCGGCCCGGGGCCGGGCCCGGAGCCGGGCAGCAGCACGCAGACAUCGCACCGGCUGCUGGCCUACAGCGACGCGCUGCUGUCCAUCAUCGCCACCGUGAUGAUUUUGCCGGUGGCUCACACAAAAAUACAUCCUGACCAGAAAUUAGGUGAAAGUGUUCAGCAACUUCUUCUAGCAAAAAUUGCAGUCUACUUGAUGACCUUUUUAAUAGUCACAGUGGCCUGGGCAGCUCAUGUAAGGUUGUUUCAGGUGAUAGAGCAUAUAGAUGAUGUCCUGGCACUUCUAAAUCUGGCUUGUAUGAUGAUCAUAACCUUCUUGCCAUACACAUUUUCCUUAAUGGCCUCCUUUCCAGGAGUACCUUUUGGCAUCUUCCUUUUCAGUGUCUGUGCUGUUGUCAUUGGCCUUAUACAGGCUGUGAUAGUAGCAUAUGGAUUCUAUCACCCACACUUACUGAAUCAACAGAUACAGGAGUCUGAAAAUCAGAAUUUCUAUAAACGUCAUAUCUUAAAGAUUAUCCUAAGAGGACCAGUUUUAUGCUUUUUAGCAGCCAUCUUUUCUUUCUUCUUUAUUCCUUUGUCUUACGUACUACUUGGACUCGUAAUUGUUUUUCCGCAUCUCAGUCGAUUAAUUACAUGGUGUAAAACCAAAGUUCUUGGUCAGAGAGGUGAAGAGGAGGAACACCAUAGUUUAGAAACCUUCACUUUUUACCUCAGUGAGCCUCUGAGUAAGGAACGAGUAGAAGCAUUCAGUGAUGGAGUCUAUGCCAUUGUAGCAACCCUGCUCAUUUUGGAUAUAUGUGAAGACAAUGUUCCUGAUCCCAGAGAAGUUGAGGAGAAGUUCCAUGGCAGUCUUCUUGAAGCUUUAAGUGAAUAUGGGCCAAACUACCUUGCUUACUUUGGGUCAUUUGUUACAAUUGGUCUCCUGUGGUUUGUCCAUCACUCUCUUUUCCUUUAUGUAACAAAAGCUACCCGAUUAAUGGGACUGCUCAACAUCCUUUCAUUGGCUUUCAUUGGUGGGCUUCCACUAGCUUACCAGCUAACCAGUGAAUUUGCAGAAAAGUCUCAUAAUGAAAUAGAAGCCAUUCAGGUCAGCUGUGUUAUCACUUUCUUUGCCAGCAUAUUUCAGUUUGCAAUAUGGACUACAGCCCUUCUCAAUGAAGAGGAAACUUUGCAUGCUUUUGCUAGAUAUGGUGGCAAGGAGCAUGCCUUCAUGUUUGCCAAGCUGGCUCUCUACCCUUGCGUAAGCCUUGGGGCCUUCUUUCUAACUUGCUUGUUAAGUGAGUUUAGCACAGCAAUUUUCCAUCUUAUGCAGAUUGUAAUCCCAUUUGCUUUUCUUGCCUUGCGCAUUUUUGUUAGAAUUUCUUUAACUGCCAUAAAGUCUGUGAUGUCUCUCUCCAGACGGAAGGUUGUGUUGUUAGAAGAAGAGGAGGCAUGUUUGUCUCCAAAUGAAACACUGUCCUAA